ACAUCCCCCCCCUCGAAGCCGCCAUGAUAGUGUUUGUUAGGUUCAACUCCAGCCAUGGAUUCCCGGUGGAGGUUGAUUCAGAUGCCAGCAUCCUCCAGCUGAAGGAGGCGGUUGCCCAGCGACAGGGAGUUCCAGCUGACCAGCUGCGGGUGAUUUUUGCAGGGCGGGAGCUCAGCAAUGACUUGACUCUGCAGAACUGUGACCUGGUGCAGCAGAGUAUUGUUCAUAUUGUUCAGAGUCCACAGAAGAACAGUCAGACCACAGAUGAGACAGAAGAUAACUGUGCUGGGGGUAUUCUAAAAAACUUGGAAAGAGAACCAGAAAGUCUAACACGCAUAGAUCUCAGUACCAGCAUUCUCCCAUCACACUCUGCAGGAUUGGCCGUUAUUCUGGAUGCUACAAAAUACAGCACUACUCUUUCCUCUGAAAAAUCAGGUAAACCAGUUUACAACAGUUUUUAUGUUUUUUGCAAAAAUGUCUGUCAAGCUGUGAAACCUGGGAAACUGAGGGUCCGCUGCAGUUUGUGUAAACAAGGAGCACUGACACUGGCAAGGGGUCCAUCUUGCUGGGAUGAUGUGCUGAUUCCCAACAGAAUAAGAGGUGCUUGCCAGUCCCAAAGAUGCAAUGGAAACACAGCGGAGUUUUACUUUAAAUGUGGAGCACACCCAACCACUGACAGUGAAACAUCUGUGGCUCUGAACCUCAUUACAACAAACAGUCGCUGUAUCACAUGUAUAACAUGCACAGAUGUUAGGAGUCCCGUGCUUGUGUUCCAGUGUGUGCACCGCCACGUCAUCUGCCUAGACUGCUUCCAUCUGUACUGUGUGACUAUGCUGAAUGACCGUCGCUUCAUCCAUGAUCCAGAGCUUGGCUAUUCCCUCCCUUGCGUAGCUGGUUGUCCAGACUCCUUGAUUAAAGAGCUUCAUCACUUCAGAAUUCUGGGAGAAGAACAGUAUGACCGCUACCAGCGCUAUGGGGCUGAAGAAUGCGUGCUGCAGAUGGGAGGAGUGCUGUGUCCAACUCCUGGCUGUGGAGCGGGUUUGCUUCCUGAACCAGGAGUGAGGAAAAUUGUGUGUGAACCAGGCAAUGGAAUAGGCUGUGGGUUUGUGUUCUGCUAUGAAUGUAAAGAAGAAUACCAUGAAGGGGAAUGCAGCUCUCUUCUCCGUGCACAGGGAGCCAAGGCCCAGAAGGGAUACCUAGUUGAUGAACAGGCAGCCAAGCAAGCUCGAUGGGAAGAGGCAUCUAGAGAAACCAUCAAGAAGACAACUAAGCCAUGCCCAAACUGCAAUGUUCCAGUAGAAAAAAAUGGUGGCUGCAUGCAUAUGAAGUGUCCUCGGCCUCAGUGCAGAUUUGAGUGGUGCUGGAAUUGUGGCCUGGAGUGGAACAGAACUUGUAUGGGAGAUCAUUGGUUUGAAUAGUGGUGCUGAGGCCAGCCCAUGUAGCUGCUAAAGCUUGUUUUCAUUGGGGCUGCUUUCUGAACUCUGCUUAAGCAAAACUCACAGUGGUUUCAGGGACUCAGAGUUCAGAAUGUGGCUCAGUUUGUUGAGUUUUGCUUUUUUUGCAUAUGCAAUCAUACCAAAAUCACAUUGAAGUUAUGCAAAGGGAUUUUAAUCCACUCAAUAAAAAGCAUAAUUAUUUUCAUGGACAGACUUGCUCAUCAUGGUGCAAAGAAGUGUAAAUUACACCUUCCUGAACUUAGGCAGUCUGUCAGCACUGAGAGCAGAUAAGGUUACCAUGGGAAACAUUGUCAUUUAUAGUCAGGAAUUCAUAACUCUUGCAAGAGCAACCUGAAUAUGUGUGCAUGAGCAUCAAGGCGGGAGGAGGAGGUUCCCUGCACUGGCUGUUUUUUCUUUGACCACUGCUUUGUUCAUUCAGCAGUUUUUG